CUGUUUGUAUGCUGAUGUGGCACUGAGAGACCCGCCCCUCUUGGCCGUGACGCAUUUCCGGGAAACAGCUUUUCUUUUCCGACACAGGUAAACAUGGCGCCCCCCGUUCCGCUGCUAGCAGUGCGUGGCUCAGUAGGUACGUCUCUGCUCUGUGGUCCCCCAAAGUGUGAGCAGCAUGCAGCCUUCCAGAGGGAUUCUGGGCUCAGCAGGUGCAUCGCCUUCAGCAGAGACGGGACACUGUUUAGCUGGUGCAACGGACACAGUGUCGCUGUGGUGAAGUCUUCAGACAGCUCUGUGGUGGCCACCUUCGACCUGCCAAAAACGACCCUGCUGGACUUUUCUCCUCUCAACAACGUGCUGGUCACCUGGCAGCCGUACAGCAAGAGUCAGGACAGUCCUCAAGGUGAAGCCAACCUCCAGCUGUGGGACCUAGCGAAUGCACGGCUCAUCAAGGCCCUGUACCAGAAGAAGGUGGACACGUGGUGUCCCAGCUGGUCCGAAGAUGAGAAGAUCUGUGUGAGGAGUGUCAACAACGAGCUGCACUUCUACGAGAACAACGACUUCAACACCAUCGCCAACAAGCUGCGCGUUCAGAAAGUGUCUGACUUUGCCUUGUCACCUGGAGGUCAGCCCAGCAAGGUAGCGGUCUACGCCCCAGGCAGCAAAGGAGCCCCUUCCUUUGUUCGUCUGUACCAGUACCCAGUGCUGGGAGGACCGACAGCUGCCUUCGCCAACAAGAGCUUCUUCAAGGCCGACAGAGUCACCAUGCAGUGGAACAAGAAAGCCUCAGCAGUUCUGGUGACAGCGAGCACUGAAGUCGAUAAAACCGGAGCCUCAUAUUACGGCGAGCAGACGUUGCAUUACCUGGCUGUUAACGGAGAGACCGCUCUGGUUCAGCUGCCGAAGAACGGUCCCAUCUAUGAUGUGGCGUGGAGUCCGAACUCUGCAGAGUUCUGUGUGGUCUACGGCUUCAUGCCAGCCAAAGCCACCAUCUUUAACCUCAGAUGUGACCCGGUGUUUGACUUUGGAACUGGGCCACGAAAUGCUGCCUACUACAGUCCUCAGGGCCACAUCCUGGUCCUGGCUGGCUUCGGGAACCUGCGGGGACAGAUGGAAGUCUGGGACUUGAAGAAAUAUAAACAGGUGUCCAAACCUCAGGCUCCAGAUGCCACACAUUUCUCCUGGUGUCCUGAUGGCGAGCACGUGGUCACGGCGACCUGUUCUCCUCGGCUGCGGGUCAGUAACGGGUUUAAGAUCUGGCACUACACUGGCUCUGUGCUGCACAAAUGGGAUGUGGCGCCUGGCGCAGAGCUGUGGGAGGUCCUCUGGCAGCCCUUCCCCGAUGGCAGCUUCCCUGAGAGGGCUGUGAAGUACCAGGCAGAGCCCAGUAAUCUAGGGUCCACACAGGCCCCGCCCACACAGGCAUACCGCCCACCUGCACUGAGACAUUUGCCAGCCAUGCCCAGCACCAAACUGCACGAGGAAGAGCCCCCUCAGAACCUGCACCCAGGUGUGUCUGGGGAGAAGAUUCUGUCUAAAUCAGCUUUGAAGAAUCAGAGGAAACGAGAAGCGAAGAAAGCUGCCAAACAGGAGUCAAAGUCUGAACCUGAGCUUCCGUCUGACCUCACCCCUGUCACCAAGAGCCAAUCGGAGCUGAGCAGCGGCGACCCAGAGACAGACAAGAAGAUAAAAAAUUUAAAGAAGAAACUCAAAGCCAUUGAGGAGCUGAAGGAGCAGCAGGCAUCUGGGAAGGUCCUGCAGAAGAACCAGCUGGAAAAGGUCCAGAAGGAGGACCAGCUGCUGAAGGAGCUGGAGGACCUGCAGAUCCAACAGUAGGACAUGCUACUGGAGUUACAGACCACACCUCCAAAUCCCAUAAUUCAUCACUCUGUCACACACACACACACACACACAGAGGAGCAGUCAGUGUGUAUGUGAAGGCCGCGUCCGUUCCUGAACUCUACUGCUGAAAGAGUUUAGGUUUCCUCAGUUUUCUUCACCUGACACACCUGAGGACGGGCGCAGGAGGCUGGGUUUAUCAAACAGGUGUGGUCAUGAUGGACGCAACCAUAGUCAUGAACUGACUAAACAAAUUUCUGUUUCCAUUAGAAUUCUGUUUUCUUUCACCUACUUGUUUCUGACGGCAGUACUUCAUUCCUCUGUCUUUGGAGGAUGCCCAAAGGACUUCUGGGAAGUGUAGGAAGAAGCUGUGCUGUGUGUGUUCACUAAAGAAAUUAAGUGACAGCAGUUGGUCACCACAUAACGGCAGAGUGCAAAACAAAAUCCGACUGGAGCCAAGUUUCUCUUUAAAGGAACAGUCCAUUGUGUUCAUCCCAUCAUUUAGCCAAAUGUUGAACUGUCCCUUUAACACAAUGGACAACAGCUGGUGUGUGAGAGGCAUUAAGUAUAGCGUUGCAACAUUUGUACAGAUGCUGAUGCCUUUGUUCCUUUCAGAAUAAAUGGCUCCUCUUCAGCCCAGCUGGUGGGCAGAUAAACAGCCCCACUUUCAGUUACAUCAGUUCAGAAGUCUAAUAAAGGCUUUGUAAUCAAGUCC